UCAUCGAUUAAAUAAUUAGUAUAUCCGGAAUAGAAUAACAAUAAUAAUUAGAAUGAAAACAUAAAUUCCUAGGAAUUUUGUCAUUAUAAGUUUCAUUCAUUCAUUUAUUUCAUUCCAUCCACGAACUUUAUUGUGAAUGGUUAAUUUUUUGCAUUGAAUUGUUCAUCAUGAAACGUUUGAAUUUUUAUGGCAAUUCUAUACAAAUUGCCGCUAAUAUUAAUCCACCAUGGCUGUUCGGAACCGUAGGAAAUGAUUCGAUAUUAGAACCGACUGGAGGAAUGUCAUAUCUAUUCUUAAAGUUUAUGGCUGAAUUUUUUAAUUUUACAUAUAAACUUAUUGAUUAUAAUGGCGAUUAUGGUUAUCGAGAAAUAUCACCUUGGAAUUAUACCGGUUUGAUGAAAUCAGUUAUUACGGGUGAAACUCAUUUUGCCAUCAGUGGUAUAUCUGUUCGUAUGGCCUAUAAUAAUCCAUUCGUACGGAUUUCGGAUGAAAUCAAAACGUCAAGAAUAACAUAUAUGACACUGGAUUCAGAGCCAAUCAAUGUAAAAGGUGUUAUUUUUCGUCCAUUCGGUUUUCUUCAACGUGGUAAUCGUAAUCUACCCAAUGGUUAUGGUGUAAAUUUUAUCAUCCAAAUUUCUUGGUACAGUGGUCUACUUUUAAUGGUGUAUUAUUCAACUGAAAUCAAAUCUGCGCUGACAAAUAUACAAUCCAAACGAAAUAUUGCAACUUUAAAUGAAUUUUGUGAAAAAGUUAUUGAUAAAUCGGUUGUGCCAUUAGUGGUUAAAGGUACUAAUUUACGGUCAUUUUUUCUUGAACAUCAAAAUGAAAAUGAAGUCUAUGAAAUAUUAUCACAUAAUAUGGAAAGUGUAUCCAGCUCAAUUGAUGGUAUACAUCGUAUGGUUGAAUCACGUUUACAACGAAGAUUAAGGCCAACAAAAAUUUAUGCCAUUAUAGCUUCGUAUGAUACACUCGAAAUGUUAGCAAAUCGUUUUGGUCCUAAAUAUUUCAAUUUAGCUGAUACAAUCGCUUCAAGUGUAUUAACGGAUCGUUAUGGACUAUUGUUUUCGAUGAAUUCGACUUUAACACCUUAUUUUAAUAAAUGUAUACGUAUAGCCCAAGCACAUGGAUUUUUUGCAAAAUGGCACCGAAAACAGUACAGAUUACCCCUUUCUCUUAAUUCAAUCGAUAUAAUGCUGAAUGAAUUAAAACGGGACUAUAAUGUUGGAUUUGCUGAGGCCAAACAAAACAACCAGAUUUUACAGUUAGAAAAUGUUUCCGAAUGUUUUAUGCUAUACAUUGGUUGCAUAACAAUAACAAUCUUGUGUUUUAUCACCGAAAUUCUAUGGAAAUCUAUUAAAACAUCUAAACCAUUACUUAGUAAAAGACUUUUGAAACGGUUACAAAAGCAAGAAAAACUAAAACGUAUUGAUUCACAAGAGGAAAAAGUUCUUCCUAAAAGUGUGAUUACUAAUCCGGAUAUAGUUGAUACAAUUCCUGAAUUCAACCAAAAACAAGUUGUAUUACAUUGUCUACUUCGACGAAGAGGUAGCCAAAAUUUAUAAAAUGAAUAUUUUUUGAAAAACAAAUAUG